GGCCCUUCAAGGUCUUGAUAGUAUCUCUGACGAUACAUCUAAAGACCCAGAAAAGUUCAUCAGCAAUCCUCUCACCGCUUACAAAUUUGUAAGACAGCUAAGAAAUGUGGGCACAACCAUUCAGAAAAUCACGAAGACGAAUAUCUCCAAGGAUUUAGACAUGCUAUUGUCAAAAACUCAGCUCCUUCCCAAUGAAAAUAAUUUGGAUGGCAUAGCAGUCGCCAUCAUCAGACUGCAGGAACUUUAUAGGCUAGAUCCAAAGGACAUGAUUGGGUUAGAAUCUCACUCUGCCCUAAGCCCAGAUGGGUGUUUCCACAUUGCAGUGAUUGCUCACCAGAAUCAGCAGUUCCAGUGUGCCAUUCUCUGGAUUCAGGAGACUAUGAGGAAGCUCCAUGAGGGAGCAGAAGCUGUGGUGACCAAACAGAACGUUCUGACUCUUCUUACCUCUAUUCAGUUUGACGUGUGCAACCUACACUUUGCUCUUGGAGUAACACAGCUACUAAUGCACAAUGAUAAUUUAAAUUUGAAGACUAUACUCCAGCCUGCAUAUACCAACAGCCUGAUAGAGAAUAUUAAAAACUGGGAUGGAAUGCAACACUUCAUUACUCCCUUUGACAUGUCUGCUCUUCAUCGUCCAAUGCAAAAUGGAUAUGAGGCCUUGUGUAGAGGGCAGGGGAUCAAAAUGAACCCUAAGAGACAGAAGAAAUUGGUUUGUAGGUACAUGACAGGUGAAGGGAGCCCUCAGCUGAUAUAUGCCCCUGCUAAAGAAGAGGAGGAAUGGGAUGAGCCCCUCAUCCUCAGAUACCAUGACAUAAUUUCCUUAAGUGAGAUAGAGGUCAUCAAAAGACUUUCUAGGCCAAAGCUUGCCAGAGCUAAAGUUUCAGACCCGGUUACUGGGAAGUUCGUUUACACCACAGUGCGAGUUUCAAAGAGUGCAUGGUUGUCUAAUGAUGAGAGUCCUGUAGUUGCCCGUGUCAAUCAGAGACUAGCUGACAUCACUGGUUUGGACAUGAAUACUGCUGAAGAACUUCAGGUUUAG